UGUGGAGGACUCUGCCCCCUUUCCGAUUUGCAGGAUAUCGAACUGCUGACUCUGAUCCAUCAAACAUGGAGAGCUGGAGAACCCUCCUGCUUGUGGCCAAUAGGAGCGAGAUAGACAGCUCUGCCCCUCAGGGCUGUGACAAUGGGGCUCUCCUGGAUCGAUUCGGGGUCCUCAUACAAGCGGUGCUGGCCGUGGGAGCGUUCAGCACUUUAAUGUUGAAACGCUGCAGUGAGCCUAAAGAUAAAAGACGCCCAUGGAGGAUAUGGUUUUAUGAUACUUCCAAGCAAGGUAUUGGUGCUUUAUUCAUUCAUUUUACAAACAUUUUUCUUUCUGAGCUGACCGAAGAAGAUCCAUGUUCUUUGUAUCUAAUGAAUUUCCUUCUGGAUGCCACCCUUGGGAUGCUGGUGAUCUGGAUUAGUGUAAAAAUUGUUGCAGUAAUAGUAAAAAGGCGACAGUUGACGUUAUUGGUAUUUGGAGAAUAUGGGGACCCCCCUCGGGCAUCUGCUUGGCUUGGACAGUGUGGUCUUUAUCUUGUAAUAAUGGUCAUAGAGAAGACUGUAAUAAGCCUUGUCCUGCUUGUUCCAGGUUGGACAAAGCUUCAGGAAAUCAUAUUAAACUACAUUCCAAAUCCUCAGUUGGAGCUCGUCCUGGUGAUGUUGGUGGUGCCUUUUAUAGUCAAUGCUAUAAUGUUUUGGGUUGUGGACAGCUUAAUAAUGAAAAAGUACAAAAGAGUGGAAAUUGAUGAAUCUCUGGAGAAUAGCGUGUUUACUGAGCCAUCUCUAGCUCCAACGGAUGAAGAGGCACAGGCUUUACUUGGCCCAGGGUGUAACCGUGUUCAUUAUUAAAGUGAUCUCAUCAGGAAAACACAGAGCUGCAUAGCUGAUGUCAAAGGAUCCUGAGGUCACAACACAAAUUGCUUCCUGUUGCUGCAAUAAGACAUUUUAAACAACGAAUGGCUUCAUAUAGUAUCAAUCAUUACUUAUAAUGAGGUUGUGUAACACAGCCAGUCUUAAACUGUGUGUAUUAAUGAUAUCACAUAAACAUAAGCAAAACUUCUAAAUGUCUUUUGGAAAGUGUUGGGCCUAUGAAGCAACAUCAUACAGCAAGCCGCAGUACUUGGACUUCAAUUUAUACAUCAGGCUACACUUCAGGAACCAAGACUGAUAUAUAUUUUUUUUUUACCAUGUCUUGUUUUUACUUUAUUUUAUAUACAAAGAUACUGAAAAUGUGGCCCGAGUUAAGAGGUCAAUAUGAAAAAAAGCCUAAAGAGUAAUAUGAAAAUGUAAAAACAUUGCCAAUAAUUAUUAUAUUUUGGAACACCUUAAAAUAUACAGAUGUGAUUGAAAGUUUUUUGUUUUGUCUUUUCUCGAAUAAAGUACCACACGUAUAACUUGAUUAAUAUAAACAUGUUUAUGUAUUAAUAUUAUGCAAGUCAAAGCAG